AUCUCCCGACCAAUCCACACAUUUUGUCGAUUGCUUCUGCCUGGGGGGUGCUCCCGGCGCGGCAGCCCAGCCUGGAUUGACUUCUCGGGUCUGGCCCGCCCCCGGGCGCGGGAAAAUGAGUUUGCGUUGAGUUUUACUCCCCGCGGUGGCCGCAGCGAUCUGCUCGAGCCGAACCAUCCCUAACCGUCCUCGGCCUCACCUUCCUCGGGGCUCCGCUCGAACCCCACGAGUGCAGCCGAGGAACCCAGCUCGCCACCAUGUCCGAAGCUUAUUUCCGGGUGGAGUCGGGUGCGCUGGGACCCGAGGAGAACUUUCUGUCCUUGGACGACAUCCUGAUGUCCCACGAGAAGCUGCCGGUGCGCACCGAGACGCCUAUGCCUCGCCUGGGCGCCUUCUUCCUGGAGCGGAGCGCGGGCGCCGAGCGGGACCACGCGCUGCCUCAGGGCUCAAAGCUUGAACUCCCCUUGUGGCUGGCAAAAGGACUUUUUGACAACAAGAGGCGCAUCCUUUCUGUGGAACUUCCCAAGAUCUAUCAGCAGGGCUGGAGGACCGUGUUCAGUGCAGAUGCCAACGUGGUGGACCUCCACAAAAUGGGGCCUCAUUUCUAUGGGUUUGGCUCCCAACUCCUGCAUUUUGACAGUCCUGAAAAUGCAGACAUUUCUCAGUCUCUUCUGCAGACGUUUAUUGGGCGUUUUCGUCGCAUCAUGGACUCUUCCCAGAAUGCUUACAAUGAAGACACUUCAGCACUGGUAGCUAGGCUAGAUGAGAUGGAGAGGGGCUUAUUUCAAACAGGCCAGAAAGGACUGAAUGACUUUCAGUGCUGGGAGAAGGGACAGGCUUCUCAGAUCACAGCUUCCAACCUUGUUCAGAAUUAUAAGAAGAGAAAAUUCACCAACAUGGAAGACUGAAGGCCAGAAGAACCCAAAAUUGUUUUUGGUGGAUUUUAUCUCUCCUGUGUCCUUGAUAAGACCUGGUUGACCUUGUGCAGGAUCAAAUUGUAUCCCAGUUUCAUAACUAACGUCCUGCAGCGGUCUCAAGAAUCGGGACUAACUGGUUGGGAGAGGAUGCCCUGACCCUGUAAGUCCUCCAGGCCUGUCCUACCCAGCCGAGGCCUUUUGACCCAAGAACACAUAGCCAAGAAGAAAUCAAAAGUCUGUGCUAAAUAAGGAUCAAUGACAUACAUCACAGUCAAGUUGGAGCUGGGAUUUCUUGUGUCAGGGAGUUUGGGCAGCAUGCAAAGGGCAAGUACAAAGUGGGUCAUCUUUGCCUGUUCACAUCAUGUUCUCUUGAGUUUAUUGCCUCAUCUUCCUCAUGGUUGAACAAAAGAGAGCACCCCCCAUGAUGUUGGCCCAACUCAUAAAUAUCUCCUACCGCCUGCCUGCAGGGAAAUAGCCCAGUUUCCAAAACAGUCACCCAGAAGAAGGGAGCAAAAGGGAAAGGCAGGUGAGUGGUGUGACAGGAAAGAGGAGUUGUUUUUAUACUCCAGUGUCAGGACUGUAUGAACUGGAAUCAUCGCUGCUGCCAGACUAGAGGGGACAUAGUUAAACUGUCUCUGUGAUCUUUAGAGCACCCGCACACAUACUCCAUUCCUGUCUAGAAACACUGUCAGAGAGUUGUUUGGAAUUGCAAAGUAGUUAUUAAAGGGUGUUAACCACUCUUUGUUACAUCUGGAAAUCAGGACCAGAGGAUUGCAAAUUGUGAAGAGCCUGCUUAAAAAACAACAUGGUAAAUGUUAAGUGGGAAGGUUGCUUUUGCUACCUUAUUAAGUAGAGGAUCCCUGACCAUUUAAUGGGACUCAGUUUAAGCAAACUUGAAAAUCUUCCCAGGCUGAGUAAGACACAGAAUUUCCUGGGACCCAUUGGACGGUCCAGUGGGCAGUUUUCUCUACACCGCUGCUCCCUU